UCAAUCGAGUCAAAGAUUCUCGCAACUGGGGAGUUGUUUGGCGAGUACUCGUGACAGCGAUCGCGCGCGCGGCCGUUGGCCCUUAUAUUCGUCGAUUCUUCCGUCGCGGCACCGUCGUCCGCUUCACUUCGACCCUCCCGCGCCGCCGCCGCCGCCGUCUUCCUCCUUUUUCGCCGAGUUCCUGAUCGAGAUCGACGACGAUGGCUGGCGGCGCCGGCGCGUGCCCUCCGCCGGGGCUGGGUUUCGGCGGGGAGUACUACUCGGUGGUGGACGGCGUGUGCAGCCGCGACGGCAGCUUCUUCGGCGGGAAGCCGAUUCUGUCGGAGGCCGUCGGGUACGCCGUCGUCCUCGGCUUCGGCGCCUUCUUCGCGCUCUUCACCUCCUUCCUGGUUUGGCUAGAGAAGCGGUAUGUUGGGUCGCAGCACACCUCGGAAUGGUUCAACACGGCUGGCCGGAGUGUCAAGACCGGCCUCAUCGCCAGCGUCAUCGUCUCCCAGUGGACAUGGGCAGCGACGAUCCUGCAGAGCUCGAACGUGGCGUGGCAGUACGGCGUGAGCGGCCCGUUCUGGUACGCGAGCGGCGCCACCAUCCAGGUGCUACUGUUCGGCGUCAUGGCAAUCGAGAUCAAGCGCAAGGCACCCAACGCGCACACGGUCUGCGAGAUCGUGCGCGCCCGGUGGGGCGGCGCGGCGCACGCCGUGUUCCUGGUGUUCUGCCUCACCACCAACGUCAUCGUCACGGCCAUGCUGCUGCUGGGCGGCUCUGCAGUGGCCAACGCGCUCACGGGCAUCAACGUCUACGCCGCCAGCUUCCUCAUCCCGCUCGGCGUCGUCGUGUACACGCUCGCGGGCGGGCUCAAGGCUACCUUCCUCGCCAGCUACAUCCACUCCGUCGUCGUCCACGUCGUCCUCGUCAUCUUCGUCUUCCUCGUGUACACCUCCAGCAACAGCCUUGGCAGCCCGAAGGUGGUGCACGAUCACCUCACGGCCGUGGCCAGCGCGGCGCGGGACUGCUCCGCACCGCUCUCGCACUCUGACCAGGCAUGCGGCCCUGUCCAUGGAAACUUCAAAGGAUCCUACCUCACCAUGCUCAGCUCCGGGGGUCUCGUCUUCGGCAUCAUCAACAUCGUUGGUAAUUUCGGCACGGUCUUCGUCGACAAUGGUUACUGGAUGAGCGCAAUCGCGGCCCGGCCAUCGUCGACGCACAAGGGAUACCUGCUGGGCGGGCUGGUGUGGUUCGCGGUGCCCUUCUCGCUGGCCACCUCGCUUGGCCUCGGCGCGCUCGCCCUCGACCUCCCCAUCACGGCAGGCGAGGCGGCCAAGGGUCUCGUCCCACCCGCCACCGCCACUGCGCUCAUGGGCAAGUCCGGCUCCGUCCUCCUCCUCACCAUGCUCUUCAUGGCCGUCACCUCGGCGGGCUCGGCUGAGCUGGUGGCUGUCUCCUCCCUCUGCACCUACGACAUCUACAGGACGUACAUCAACCCGGACGCGACCGGCAAGCAGAUUCUCCGUGUUUCCAGGGCAGUCAUCCUUGCAUUCGGCUGCCUCAUGGGCGUCCUUGCCGUCAUCCUCAACCUCGUCGGCGUCUCCCUGGGAUGGAUGUACCUGGCCAUGGGCAUCAUCAUAGGCUCCGCCGUCAUCCCCAUCGCGCUGCUGCUGCUCUGGAGCAAGGCCAACGCCAUCGGGGCCAUCCUUGGCAGCAUCAGCGGCUGCGUCCUCGGCGUCAUCGUCUGGCUCACGGUCGCCAAAGUCCAGUACGGGCGCGUGGACCUGGACAGCACCGGGCGGAACGCGCCCAUGCUGGCGGGCAACCUGGUGUCCAUCCUGUUGGGCGGGGCGGUGCACGCGGCGUGCAGCCUGGCGUGGCCGCAGAACUACGACUGGGAGAGCAGCAGGCAGAUCACCACGGUGGAGAGCGUCGCCGCCGACGGCGAGUUGGCGGAGGAGCUCAAGGAGGAGCGGCUGGUGCACGCGAAGCGGUGGAUCGUCAAGUGGGGCGUGGCGCUCACGGCCGUGAUCGUGGUUCUGUGGCCCGUGCUGUCACUGCCGGCGGGGAAGUACAGCGCGAGCUACUUCACGCUGUGGGCGGCGAUCGCGAUCGCGUGGGGCACGGUCGGGUCGGCGGUGAUCAUCUUCCUGCCGCUGGUGGAGAGCUGGGUCACCAUCUGCAAGGUGUGCGAGGGCAUGUUCACCAACGACGCCGUCUACGAGCGCCUCGACGACAUGAACCUGCGCCUCAAGGCUAUCAUGGGGGCCAUGCCCGAGGCGGAGGAGCGUUACCAGGAGAUGCAGAAGGAGAAGGGCAUUGGCGCCAUGGAGAUGGUGCAUCAUCCGGCAUCCGGCACCCACCCGUCCACGGUAGCCAAUGAUGACGGAGACGAUCUUUCGCAUGCUUAAAUCAAAUACUAGCACUAUCCUUUCCGUAUCGAUGAUUCAUAGAUUCAGUAUCCGGCUAGCAGCAGCUAGUCUUAUGUAUCUCCUGCGUCGUGUUUGUACAGUCAAUAAAUUGUGUACUGAACAUCGAUAAUCUCGAUCGGUUUGCUUGUAGAUUGUACUUCCAGUA